CCUCUCCUUCCACCCCCAGGCCGGACGCCACCUUCGAAUCGCCCCUAAAAACUCGCAAUGCGGGAACGAGGAAUCCCAAAAUGGAGAGGAAAAAUUAUCCGCCCACCCCCACACGCCGGGGAGCAAACCAGGAGAGAAAACCUGGCGAUCCAGGGGGAUCGGGCGGCGAGGCAGAGGCGGCGGAGAUGGGGACGUACAAGUGCUGCAUCUUCUUCACGCGCAGGUUCGCGCCGGGCGAGGCGUCCACGCCGGAGGACGUGCGCACGCUCUUCUCGCGCUUCUCCGGCGGCACGCCGUACAUGGGCGUCGACGAGCUCCGCCGCUACCUCGCCGCCACCGGGGAGCCGGACGCCGGCGGCGAUGCGGAGAUGGACGCGGCGGAGCGGAUCGUGGACCGGAUCCUCCAGGGCCGCAGCCGCACCCCGCGUUUCGGGAAGCCGGCACUCACCGUCGACGACUUCCACAGCUUCCUCUUCUCCGAGGAGCUCAACCCGCCCAUCCGCCAGGCCAAGGUCCAUCACAACAUGAAUGCACCAUUGUCCCAUUAUUUCAUAUACACCGGACACAACUCAUAUCUUACUGGCAAUCAACUUAGCAGUGAUUGUAGUGAUGCUCCCAUCAUCAAGGCACUACAAAUAGGUGUCCGUGUAAUUGAAUUAGACAUGUGGCCAAAUUCUUCUAAAGAUGACAUUGACAUUCUCCAUGGAAGGACACUUACGGCCCCAGUAUCACUUUUGAAAUGUUUGACAUCCAUUAAAGAAUAUGCCUUUGUUGCAUCUCCCUAUCCUGUUAUUAUUACAUUAGAAGACCACCUUACAUCUGAUCUUCAGGCAAAAGUAGCUAAGAUGGUCCUUGAAGUAUUUGGAGAUAUCCUGUACUAUCCUGAAUCAAAACAUCUUCAAGAAUUUCCUUCACCGGAAGCACUGAAGGGGCGUGUCCUCCUGUCAACGAAGCCCCCAAAGGAGUACCUUGAAGCAAAGGGUGGCACUAUGAAAGAUAGAGGUACAGUGCCAAAAUUUAGCAAAGGAGAAAAUGAAGAAUCAGCAUGGGGCAGAGAAGUUCCAGAUAUUCAGGAUGAGUUGCAAGAUGCCAACAAGCAUCAGGACGAUCUAUUAUACCGUGAAAGAGAUGUGGAUGAAGAUGAGAAGAAAGCCCGCAAGAAUGCGCCACUGGAGUAUAAGCACCUGAUUACUAUCAAGGCAGGAAAGCCAAAGGGUUCUGUUGUUGACGCCUUAAAGAGUGACCCAGACAAAGUUAGGCGUCUAAGUUUGAGCGAGCAAGAACUUGCAAAAGUGGCAGCACGCCAUGGUCCCAACAUAGUGAGCUUUACGCAAAGAAAUCUACUGAGGAUAUACCCAAAGGGAACCCGCUUCAAUUCAUCCAACUACAAUCCAUUUCUAGGCUGGGUGCAUGGUGCUCAAAUGGUGGCGUUCAAUAUGCAGGGAUAUGGAAGAGCCCUUUGGUUGAUGAAUGGAUUCUACAAAGCCAAUGGAGGCUGUGGCUAUGUGAAGAAACCAGACUUCUUGAUGCAAACUUGUCCGGAUGGAAAGGUUUUCGAUCCGACAGCAGAUCUACCAGUGAAGACAACACUCAAGGUGAAAGUGUACAUGGGUGACGGUUGGCAGCAGGACUUUAAGCAGACACAUUUCGAUUCAUAUUCUCCUCCAGAUUUCUAUGUAAAGGUGGGCAUUGCCGGAGUUCCGUCAGACUCGACGAUGAAGAAGACGAGAGUCGUGGAGGAUAGCUGGGUCCCGGUGUGGGAAGAGCAGUUCACCUUCCAGCUGACGGUACCGGAGAUCGCGCUGGUCCGGGUGGAGGUGCACGAGUACGACGUGAACGAGGAUGAUUUCGGCGGGCAGACCGUGCUGCCGGUGUCGGAGCUGUGGCCAGGGGUCCGCACCGUGCCACUCUUCGACCACCAGGGCUUUAAGUUCAAGAGCGUCAAGCUCCUCAUGAGCUUCGAGUUCGUCUAGCCAGCUCCCGGCUGGCCGGCAGGCUCGGUGAGCAUGUGCUGUGCAUGAACACAUGUUGUAUUAUCAUGCUGUGAAAUGAUAGCUAGCUAGAUAGAUCGAUUUGUCUAAGAUCUAAGAAUUUUUGACUUCUAGAAGAAUCACAAAAUUUCAUA